GAUCGACAACUACGACAGUAAUUCAUUACCGUGCGUGAUCCAUAAGUGUAGUUAUGAGCUGAUGCUCAUCGCUUCCAAAUCUAAUCUGAGAUCAAUGGCACAGCCAGACCUGUUAAAGCAUAGUGCUAUAGUAUUCCGUCUGAUUAGAGGCGCGAAGAUUCUUCAGCGUCAGACCAGAUCAGAAAUUUGAAUCAUGGUAUCAGGAUGAACCUCCUAAAUACGAG